AUGCACAGUCCCCCAGGUAAAGCGUGCCAAGUCGACGGCGCAGAUUCGGACGCUGUUGUUGAGGAAUGCCGAGCUGGCUACUACUGCAGGCUGGGGGCGCCCUCACCGACCCCAACAGACGUUUCAUGCGUAGAUGAUGAGAAAACAGCUUGCCUUCCAGGCGCAAAGUGCCCCAAAGGGUAUUUCUGCCCUGAGGGAUCAAGCACGCCGGUCGGGUGUCCCCUGGGCACGACGGGCAGCACCGAGGGAGCCAUCGACAAUAAUGCCUGCUCACCUUGCCCAGCUAACUUCUUCUGUCCUCCUGGUGGGGACGACAGUGGCCUAGAUACGAAAUGUCCCAAAGGAAAUGUUUGCCCCGAAGGGUCAGCCGAAGCCACAAAGUGCCCUGCUGGCACGUUUAAUCGUGUUCAAGGCUUACAGGAAGAAUCUCAGUGUUCGCUCUGUCCCCCAGGCAAAUUUUGUGGAAGUGAAGGCCUAGAGGAGCCCUCAGGUGCGUGCGCGGCUGGGUUCUACUGCCAAGCCGGCGCCACAACACAACAGCAUGAUGCACAGAACUGGCCAGAGGGCAGUGGAAAAUGCCCUCCGGGACACUACUGCCCCGCAGGAAUGGUUUCUACUGCAAAGAAGGUUCCUCUACGCCCACCCCAAUUCAGGAAGCGGCGGGAGACCUCUGCCCCGAAGGCCAUUACUGUCCAGAAGGUAGAUCGCUUGAUUGACGACUCAAAAAUGCUGUAG